GUUCCCACGGUAACCCAGAAAUUGAGUUUGCCUUCUGCAAGAGUCAAUCAAACUUCCUCCCUACUAAAGUCUCCAAUUUCAUCCCAGUCUCCAAAACCUCGAUUUCCCCUCAAAAGUUUCAGAAUCAAUUUUCGAAUUCCAGUCGAUGAAUGCGUCGCAGUUUAUGGACAAGCAAAUAAUGGACCUGACGGCAUCGUCUUCGUCGAACGAUAGCAUCUCUGGCAAAGAUUUCAUGGAUCUGAUGAGCCAUACGAAGGAUGAAGGUGAUCACGGGAAUCCGAGCAAAACUACAUCCAUUGCUGUUGUGGAUAAUGGGAUUAAGAUGGAUGAAAUCUUCCCCAGCUACGAUUUUCAGCCCAUCAGACCCUCCACCAACAACCUCGACGAGGUCUCUGGUAUUGGGGGAUCGGCCAAUUCUAGGAUUUGGAGCUCUGUUGAUUCUAAAACCACGAAGUAUGGUUCUCUUCAUUCUAUUGAACCUGCAAAGAUACUCGAGAAGGAUCGGAAUGCUGUCGACAUGGGGAUGGUGGCUGAGAUUGAUCGUACAAUGAAGAAACAUUCUGACAGUUUGAUGCAUGUGUUGGAAGGAGUCAGUGCGCGGCUGACGCAGCUGGAGACCAGAACCCGUGAGCUUGAGGACUCUGUGGAUGAUUUGAAGGUAUCAGUUGGUAACAGUCAGGGAAGCAUGGAUGGGAAAAUGAGACAGUUGGAGAAUAUAUUGAGAGAGGUGCAAACAGGUGUGCAAGUUGUAAAGGAUAAGCAAGAAGUAAUGGAAGCACAGCUGCAGCUUGGGAAGCUGCAGGUGUCCAAGGCAGACCAACCAUCUGAAACUCAGAGCGCUAUGCUUACGGAUUUUGUGAAGCAAGCUGCAUCUGCUCCUCAACAAUCUCACCAACCACUUCCUCCUGCUGGCUCUUAUCCGCAAUCACAACCUCAAGUUCCUGCUUCUCCUGUUAUUCCUCCUCCAGCUCUUCCCCAGCAGAGUCUACCACCUCCUGCUCAGCAUCCAAACCAAUUCCCUCAGAAUCAGAUUCUUUCUGUCCUUCAACGAGACCCUUCUUACUUUCCACCUCCUGUUCAAACUCAAGAAGCUCCAAAUCAACAAUAUCAAUUGCCUCCCAUCCAGCAGCCACAGCCCCCUCCUGCUGCACCACCACAUCAACCACCGCAACCUCCUUCUCAGCCACAGUAUUCUCAACCACCAGGCGCACCACUGCAGCCUCAACAUCAACCUCCAUUAGGUCAUCAUCCUGAAGAGCCUCUGCCUCCUUACAAUCCUUCUCAGGGUUACGCACCAAACUUACGGCAACCACCCUCUCAGCAACCUAGUGGAUCAGCUCCUGCCCAGCAGUAUUAUGGGGCUCCACCUCAUAUGUAUGAUCCACCACCAAGCAGACCCAGUUCAGGGUUUUCUACUGGAUUUAUUCCACCAUCUGUGCCUACAGAACCAUAUGCUUAUGGUGGAACAUCUUCACAGUACAGUAGUGGUGCUACAAUGAAGGCGCAACAAAUCCCUCCACUCCCUAUGCCACAAAGUGGUGGAAGUGGUUACCCACAGCUUCCAACUGCUAGGGUGUUACCACAUGCACUCCCUACUGCUUCUGGUGUUGGUAGUGGGUCAAGUUCUCCCAGAUCUGGAAACAGGGUUCCCAUUGACGAUGUGAUUGACAAAGUAACAAGCAUGGGAUUUCCAAGAGACCAUGUUAGGGCAACUGUCCGAAAAUUGACAGAGAGCGGGCAGUCUGUUGACCUUAAUAUGGUGCUGGAUAAGCUGAUGAAUGAUGGUGAAGUGCAGCUGCAAAGAGGAUGGUUUGGAAGGUAGCAUUGAUUCAUGCAAAUGUAUAGACUGGUUGGAAGUUUGAGAUUAGGGGGUUGUUUGCCCAUGCAUUUCUUUUUUUUUAACCUUUGGCUUCCUCCAUCCUGCUUCCUUUCUAAAUGUUUCCAUAUGUUACUUUUACCUUUGUUUGGAGGUCUCCUUUGUGUUUACAUCUGUGUAUACUCUCAAUAACUCAAAAUGGAUUAUCAAGUACCAUUUUGUUUAGGAAUAGAUGCUAUAAUUUUCAUCAGGGUGUCAUUGAGCUUAGCAACUCUGCCCUUUGACUCCAAGUUAGAUAUUUCAUGGAUAAACUAUGAUGAACUGCGAUGCUUGUUAGUCAAGUAGCUUUGAAUUUGACUUAAAUUGUUAGAAUAGAAUCUUGUCCGCGUUCUCAUUGAUCUUGUGUUGCAAUUUUUCCAGCUCGAGAACACAAGAAUAUGACAAAGUAAGGCAUCAAGGAAAGUGAUGAUCUGGAAUUGUUUUCCAUAAGAAGACAGGCAAGAUCGUGUUAUGCGUUGUUGUGUUGCAAUCCUUUUAUUGGCUGAAUCUGUCAUACGUUGUUUGGUUGGACUUUUCCACUCACCUCUCACCCAAAAAAUGCCAGAAUUAUCU